UUAAAUCGCAAGACUGGCUUUCCUUUCCCCCGAGAUCGAGACCCCUGACAGAAGAAGCAGACAAAAGAAGAACAAAACCGUUGAGGGGCGAUUUGAAAUAGCUGUUCGGGUGAGUAUCAUUUGGAACGCUGGUAGAGUGGGGGAAAAAAAAAUUAACCCGGGCGAAAGGGGGGAAUCACAAGGAGCACACCAGUGACACCAGCACCACCACACCAGCUUUGCCUUCUUCGCCCACUCCCCCAUCAUCAUCCUAAUUUAAUCACCAUUUAUUUACUCACUAUUAAUCCCUCUCCCCCGACUCCGACUCCGUCUCCACCUCCCUCCCCCGCCCCUCAACGAGGCGACCAACCCCAGCCCACGCGAACCCUAGCCAGCCUUCCUCCCACGAGGCGCCAGCCAAUGGCCGAGGACGGCGGCGACAGGGACCAGCAGCAGCAGCAGCAGCCGGCGGCCACGGCGGCAGGCAGCGGGGCGGAGGAGCGCAGCAGGGAGAGCAUGAAGCUGUUCGUGGGGCAGGUGCCGAAGCAUAUGUCGGAGGCGGAGCUCGCCGCCAUGUUCCGCGGCGUCGCGCUCGUCGACGAGGUCACCGUCAUCCGCGACAGGGCCACCAGGGUCUCGCGAGGCUGCUGCUUCCUGAUCUGCCCAUCAAGGGAGGAGGCUGACAAGGCAGUGAGUGCAUAUCACAACAAGCACACACUACCUGGGGCCUCAAGUCCAUUGCAAGUAAAAUAUGCCGAUGGAGAGCUGGAAAGAUUGGAGCACAAGCUUUUCAUCGGAAUGCUCCCAAAAAAUGUAACAGAUUCUGAAAUGACUGAUUUAUUUUCAAAAUAUGGAAAUAUCAAGGAUCUGCAGAUUUUGAGAGGUUCGCAACAGACAAGCAAAGCUGGUUGUGCCUUUGUGAAGUAUGAAACAAAAGAGCAAGCUGUGGCUGCUAUAGAAGCUCUAAAUGGAAAGCACAAAAUAGAGGGUUCAAGUGUUCCCUUGGUUGUCAAAUGGGCUGACACCGAAAAGGAAAGGCAGGCACGGAAAGCACAAAAAGUUCACUUCCAGACUUCUAACUUGUCAAAUGCAAAUUCCAUGCAGCAUACUUCACUGUUUGGAGUACAGAUGGGAUACAUGCCUCAGUACAAUGGAUUUGGCUACCAGCCACAAGGAACCUACGGACUUGUGCAGUACCCUCCUCUAUCUCCUAUGCAAAAUCAAGCUCCUUUCCAGAAUAUGGUUCAGCCUAUUAAUCAAGGAAGCUCAAUGCGCGGGGCUAAUUCUGAACUUUCCCCUAAUUCAGUUCCCAGACCAUUUAAUUCAAUGCAGUUAGGAAGCCCCUAUUCGCCUGUGCCUGGAAUGCAGUAUCCUGGAGGGUAUCCUGGUGGUGCUAUUAACAAUAGUCCUUUUGCCAAUUCUCACAAUUCAAUCCAAGUUCCAAAUUCGAAUGCUAUUUCACCCACAUCUUCAAAUACCAGCAGCAAUCCUGGUCCCCAGAUAGAGGGUCCUCCUGGAGCCAAUUUGUUUAUAUAUCACAUCCCACAAGAAUUCGGUGACCAUGAUCUUGCGAAUGCAUUUCAGAGUUUUGGUAGAGUAUUGAGUGCUAAAAUUUUUGUAGACAAGGCAACUGGUGUUAGUAAAUGCUUUGGUUUUGUAAGUUAUGUUUCUCCAGCUUCUGCACAAGCAGCCAUUAGUAUGAUGAAUGGAUUCCAAUUAGGUGGUAAAAAAUUGAAAGUACAACUCAAGAGAGACAACAGCAAGCACAGUAAACCUUUCUGACAAAGCGAAUCCGUUGUAUGCUCACACGAUCAGGAAAAUUGGUACAUAUGUGUCACAAUUAAUGUUACAUUGUUUCCUCUGGCCUCCACCACACUGUUAUCGGUGGUGGCUCAUGUAUCUUUAUUCAGUUCACAUUCUUGAAAAUUGUCACAUUGUGCAUUUUGUCGAAGCAUAGUUCUAGCAUUUGUACCAUCACACCCCUUGUACAUCAGACAUUAAUUCAUUCAAUUGUUUUUUUU